AUGCUGCUGCUGUCAAUGUACAUACUGUAUUCUCUAAACACACUGGGUAUGUUUUACUCAUUUUUUCCAUUUUUGGCCCACCUUCAUUCAAUUAUAAUUUUUUUUUGAUAUUUUUUUUUACAUUGCUGCACAGAUUUUGUUUAGUGAUUUUCUAUCAAACUAUGAAGUGUUGUGAAACGAGAACCAAUUAGAAAUCUGGUAUUUGGUUCCCACUGGCAAAAGGGACGUUUCCAAUUUCCGCUCUCAAACGCUCAAAUAGAUUGCACCUUUUGAGAGGUCUAUCAGUUUCCUGAUAGAACGCUUAAUCAGCCAACCAUUACCUCUUUUCGAUCUGAAAUAGACCCAAAAAUAGGAAACGUAGCCAAUAAAGUCGAAAUUUUGUUUCCCUCAUAUUAUGACUUCAGAGGACGUAUGCAAUAAAGUAGAAAAUGGUUUUCCGCCAUUUUCCUGAAUUUCGUAAAUGGGUAAAAUCAGUCUUUUUUAGACUGAAAUCGUUUCACCUCUAUCAGAAUCUUCUUAUAAGCCUUAUCCCAUCAGAUAAAGUCGAAAUCAAUGAUAUCCUAGCGAGUUUAAGGCCUUUUCAAUUUUCAGGAAAAUUUCAGAACAUCAUUUUCCAGUUUAUUGCAUACGGUCAAUCAGAACUUUUGCUAAAAGUUAGAAUGAGAGAUUUGGACUUAGUUAAUCAGGCUCACAGUAUUCCAAGAGUCCUCUUGUUCUAAGCCCCUACAUGUUUUUUACAAUCCCUCGACGACUAAAAACUAGUUUCAUAGAGAUAUUUUUUAUUUUUAAUCAUGAGCAUAAAUUAUUUGUGUAAACCUUUAAAAAAAAAACUCAGAACCCCAAAUUUGCAAGUUGCAAACUUUCCAUGAAGGCAGCUUCUGACCCAACGUUUUUUUUGCGAAUUUUCUUUAGUGAUUUAGAAAGAACUACCAGGGCUGAAGGUGAUUGGAUUUUGAGAAAAUAAGGAGGAUGAGACUUUCAGAAAUACGUUUUUUUUUCUAGAAGUUGAUCGACAGAAACUCAAACCCCAUGAAGAUCCAUAAGUUUUGGAUCGAUUUUAUUGAGUGAGAUUUUUCGUGUACUUUAUUUGCACUAGCGAACGCUUACCGCAAUCUGAUCGAUGAGAAAAUCUAGUAUAAUGAUUCAGAAUAAUAAAUAUAUUCACAAUAUAGUGAAAAAUCGAAUCCAGAUGAACAGCGAACUAGAAUUUCUCUCACUCGUUCAAGAAAAAAGUCAUCAUGAAAUAAAUCUUCUUAUUCGACUAUCCAAGGCCUUCAUCCGCAUUCUUUUCCGAUUUGCUCGAAAAUAAUUAUGCUGGUUUUCUUAUGAACUUGAGACAGAGAAAAGAAAGCUCGAGCUUGUUUAUUCUCUUUUUUUUUUCUUGAUUUAGACAUAGGCGAGUCUAGGUAACGGAACAAAUUCAGUAAGUCUUCGAAUUACUGUAUAAUCAAUUAAAAGUUUCGAUGUUAAGAGAGUGGACACUCCAGUUUUUUUUCUUGAAAUCUGCCGCAGGUCGACAUAAUAUGCGUGCUGGCCGAAAAUAGCGGGCGGAGCAGAAGACGGCGAAAUAAGUUUAACGGUGGUCCUGUGGGACGUGGCCAACAAUACCGCGUAACAAGCGACCCAUGAUUCCGCGUUUUGCUUCUUUCCUCUCAUUCCGUCGGACAUGUCGCAGACGUCGCCGUCGCUGCUCAUGAUGCCCACUCUGCUCUGCCAUUUUUUCGAUGGUGAUCACUUGUUUUCACGUUUUUCAUCAUCAUUUUUUUUCGGAGCUAGUUCUCAGCGAACGGUCAAGUUUGGUUCAUUCACUUGAUGAGGUAUUUCGUAGGAAUUAGCUGCUUCAAUUGAUUUCGUGUGUUUCGCGAUUCUUUCGAUGAGAAAGAAACAAAUUCUCUUCGCAGUGUAGUCGCGCAAAGGACGAGUGACUAGUGCUGACCAGCUUCUUGAAAUAGCAAUUUUGCUCGCGAAAAUCCUUUAUCUGCCGCUCUUGAGCCAAUUCUGCGGAGCCAUUAUCUCGCGUCAAAGCGAAGAAACCGCCGUCCUACCUUUCGUCUAGUCUUUCGAAGCUACAGUGCAGAAAGUGCAAUGCGAUUGAUUUAUCGGAAUCAUCUUUAUUGAAGAGGCUUUGCGCAGAACCUUCGGAAUUCCCAUGAUGAUACAUCAUGUUUAUGAGUCAAAUUCACUUCUAAAUAUCUGGUGUCCGCUUUCGAACUCAUUAAAUAUUACUUUGCUCUCCUAUUUCAGGAUCUGUUUUUCCAACUGUCUCAGAAUUUAUUUCUACUUUUUUUAUCCAAAACUAUUCAAAGACAAUGGUAAUGAACCUGUAGAUUUCAAGGACUGGUCCGAGGCUAUGAGAAAAAAAAAGAUCUUUGAGAAGAAAUGCUCAGAAAUAGAGAAUAACUUCUGCAUUUUGGAGCACAAGGCGAUUCUGAACCCAAAGCGGAAAGAAAUCGUUUCAGCUUGCUCUCGCGGAGUGCCGCCGACGAUCGUGCAGCCGUCGAUGUCGAGCGCCGUGGCUCUUCUGGGGCAGGACGUCGAUUUCACGUGCGUCGUCAACGAUAUCGGCAGCCACAUGGUGAGUCGAAUCUGUCACUGAAUAUUCCAUUCCGGAUUCAGGUCGCCUUUGUAAGAUCCGACUCGCCUCCUCGACUGCUUACUUUUGAUGAAAAAGUGAGUCUUUUGAACAAACUUCAAAAUUUCUUCAAAACUCCAAAGUAAUAUGUUUUAUAAGCAGUUGAAUUUUAACGCAGGUGUUUCGAAGAAGAGACAAAUACGAAUUGAAGACUCAAGUCGGCGAUAGCAAAAAUGAGUGGGUCCUAACGAUAAAGAACGUCCAGGUUUUUCUUUUCCAAUAUUUGGACUUGGAAUCUAUGACAAGUUUCAGGAGGACGAUCGCGGCAACUAUUCCUGUCAAAUCAAUACUGAACCUGUGACAAUCGCCAGCGGCAGUCUCGACGUCAAAGGUGGGAAUGGUUUCUGAAUUUUCGCAAAAACCAGAAAAAUCUUUUUAUAGUCAUGGAUUUAGAAGUUCUUAAUUUAUGCCAAAAAACUAUCGAAAUAGUUAUCUUAUGGUUCUUUCUUUUUCCAUUUGGAUCAGAAUUUGUUAUUUUUGUUGUGGGAGCUCAGAAAUCGCGGACUUUAGGGUAAAAUCUCAAAUUUGAAGCGCAUUUGAGUGAAAAAUCUACACGAGCUUUCAUAAUUUUAUAGAAAUUGAAUAAAAAAUCCAUAUUUACCUUAAAAGCACUCUAAACUGGCUUCCAACUUCAUUCUCGUUCCCAAGGAGGAUGUUGUCCGCAGUAGAAAUAAAACAGAUGGAUUCGAAAUAUCCUUGUCGACGUCAAAAUGAUGACCAACAACGGGAGUCAUGAAUCAUGUUGAGCGUGAAAAGCCGACGUCUGCUCGGAAUGAGUGACGCAACCGUCAUUGUCCGGCGCAACACCUGCUGCCAGUCUACUGCGGAACCUUUACCGCGUCUUUGGCUUUUUUAUCUGCCCGACUGUUGAUCGGAUUGUUUCAUAUCGUCAAGAUCUAUUUCCGCUCUAUCGAGGAUAUUCGACUUGGUAGAAGAACAGGCUCUAGCGGGAUAAAUAACCUGAUAGACCUUGCAAUCAACCUUCUGUGAGAGCUGGAAAUUGUUUCAAGGAACUGCUCUUGUUCAAGAGAUUGUAACAAAAAUGUUCUGGACCGCGCAUAAUAGGAUGAAGAGAGUGCCAACGCCAAUUAUGAUGGCGCCUUCUGGGACGGCGUCUUCCGUUCAAGUCAAAAGCUUCGGUAAUUACCGCGCGCGAGCCGUUUCACAGCUAUGGGCCGCCUUUUGCUUUUCUUUCUUUGUUUUGCAUUCGGAUUGAUGUGGACAAUUAUCGAAGGCGGUCCACCUGAGAAUCGGGUAGAAGCGAAGCUCGUUUUGAAAAGAACUGAUCAUCAGGAGGAGAAUUUCCAAUUUUUCGCUUAAAAUCUCUUCUUUGCUCAACCUAAACAGCAUAUACAGCAAAAUGAAAGGAUCUUAUAACAAGCUACAAAAACUAUUUUCAAAGUGGGGAAAUUUUUUUUCCUUGAAAUUAUGUACAACAUACAGUGAUUUAGUUUUCAACAAAGAACAAGGGAAGAGUUUCAGUGCCGCCGAUGGUAUCGCGAACGACGCCAGCGGCGAUAGAAGUGCGCGAAGGGAACAACGUGACGCUGACGUGCAAAGCCGAAGGAAAUCCGACGCCGACGGUCAUCUGGAGACGUCAGGACCGCCAGAUCAUCCGCUACAACGGCGCCACUGGCUUCGGAGGUAGGCUCAAUAAAAUUUUUCAAAGGUACAAAUAUUAAUUUUUCUUCGAGUCUCACGAUGCGCUCAGAACGUUUUUUUUUUCUUGCUCCAUCUUUUGGAAAUCGACACCGUCGCGAGCGGUGGAAUUCGCAUGACCAGAGCCGUCUUGUUGGUUUUACCCACGCGCCGUUCAUUCGAUCCGCCAGAUUCUCUUGUUAACACAGCCCAUAUGUCCUGCGAGUGCAGGGCGAGAUUAGUAAGAGCCUUAGGUUUCCGCGCAACUUCAGCUUCCUCGGCUCGAAAAACGUUUAUCAUUCGAAAAAGUCCGAAAGGAAACGUUUUUGAAACCUCCAGCUUGUGAAAAAAAAAAGCUUCACCCUCUUGAAAACACGUUUUGCAUUCCACAGGAAACGUGGGAAGACACGAAGGCCACGCGUUGAGUAGAAGAAAAAAAAGAUGGUUCUGCAAACUCGUCGUCUUUCCUUUUCACCUUUACGUUUUUCGAAGCUCAAAAAGCGUUCCGAAAAGGAAAGUGAGCUGUAUCCAUCAAAAUCAUUCUCCAGUGCGUUGACAGCUUUUUUUCCAAAAAAAUUUGAAUCCUUCCGCUUUGAUGAGUUGAUUCAAAACGUAGACGCUGUGUAAAGGUGGAAAAUGCGAAGAAGCGUGGCUCCCACGAUUAAGCCGCGAGCAAAGAAAACAAUUUACGCGGAGGACCUCCAUGAUCCCGACCAUAUGCGUACCCAUUAGUCGCAAAAUAUCCGCGGCAGUUGCGCACUCAAUUAAAGCUCACUAUUUUGGGAUCUGGGUUAAUUAAGAACGCGAUUCGAAAUUUCUUAUGUUUUUUGUAAGGCUGAAGUAAGGAGACUUCGUAGGAAAACAUUUUAUAAACUGGAAGCGAAGAUUUUGAAAUACCUGCGCAGACUAAGAACGUCUUAUAAGGAUGAAGUCUACUAAAUGGGUAGUUUCGAACUCUCAAGAUCGAAAACCUCAAGGAAGUCGAAGGUUCGCAAGUCAUAAGGCUUUUUAAAAUUCUCUAUUGCUCACUCUUCACGAGCUGAAUAUAAGGAGUAGUGAAUUGACGGUAAAAAUACCAAUAUUUUCGCCCAAAAAGUUGCUCCACGGUUCUUGCCAGUAUAAUAGUUCACAGAAGUCAGUUUCUAAAAGAAAAUACUCGAAUGAAGGAAAACUUUGCAGCAAGCGUGUUCCACGGAUCGAGUCUACACCUGACCAAGGUGUCGCGAAAGCACAUGAGCGAGUACAUUUGCGUGGCGAGCAACGGCAUUCCGCCAGACGAGUCUUGGACCGUCAAGCUCCUUGUCACUUGUGAGUUCUAAUAUCCGACUUUGUGAAAUCCGAAAAUAGAUAAAAUUCCUUUAGUUCUCUCUGGGAACUUUGCAAAACUUCUCGUACAUUUUAAACCUCUUCCUCCCAUGAUUGAAUUUUUUGCAAAGGGUUUGAAAAAAUUGCACAUUUUUUUUACAUGAAAAUUGAUUCAAAUUCGUUCAUUUGGUAAUUUCAUGACCGAAUUAAUUUGAUUAUUAGAAGUGGUUGGACUGUUUUUGUUUUUUUGCAAGUUUUUUCCUGCAUUUUCUCUAAGGUUUCCUCUUUUUUAUUCAGAAUUUUUCUCCGAAAAAAUAGUGUGCAAUCUGGAAGUUAUUGAAGAUUGGAGAAAAUUUAUUCAUGACCAAAGCGCGUAGAAUGGGUGCCGAUAAGUGGUUGGGAAGCAGAAGAAGCCAACAGCAAGCCUAAAAAAGCAGUCAGGCGAUUUCUGAUGCGGCCGAUCUAAACUCACGCAGGAUACAUCUUGAAUUUUCGGAAAAAUUUCAGUUCCUCCGUUCGUCCAGGCGCAGUCUACGACAGUGCAAGCUUCGUUGGGAGCAAUGACGAGGCUGGUCUGUACAACGGAAGCUUGGCCGAGGCCUGACGUCGUGUGGGAGAAGAACGGCGUCCACAUCUUCGACUCUCAACAAUAUACCAGCGUAGCGUUUUCUUUUCAGACAUUUCUAUUUGUGUUUGUUCAUCGGUUCGAGCAUUUUCGUUCCAAAAAAAAAUUCUCUAUCAUAUAUAUAUAUAUAUAGGACCCAAGGAAAGAUAAUUUCAGUCGCACACAGUCAGCGGGCAAUACCACAGCGUGCACAUUCUGGAGAUUCGCGCCGUCCAGGAAUCGCACUAUGGAACUUACCGGUGCGUAGCACGCAACGACAACGGCCUCCAGCACGCCGAGAUGCAACUCAUUCGUACGACGCCAAUCAUGAAGCGCUGUUUUAAUUUCAACAUUGCAGAACUCCAGCAUGGCCAGGACAACUACUUGUUCACGAACGCAAUUCCUGAAGGUAAACUCCGAUUAAUAACAAGACCUCACAUGCAUGAAAUGUCUUCUAUCGGCCUGCGUUUCGAUGCACGUACGGAACACUGUCCGUUAAACUGCACGAUUCUCAGAGGAGUGUCGGUUACAGGAUCGGGAGCACACGUCGACGAAGAAUCAGAAGAUGAUAUAGAUCCCAACUUACCACGAAGAAGUACAGCAGUUGCAGAAGAAAUCGAGACUACGGACAGCAAGCCUAGGCCUCAGCAUCACCAACACUCUUUGACUGUAGCUCAGCACUCUUCUCGCACAGGCAUGCACUAG